AUGGGAUUCCUAAUUGGCAAGUUCUCCAAAACAUUCUACGGAGGACUCUCCCCUCAAAGCAAGACUAGCCUUGAUGCCGGAGCCGGAGGCCCAAUCAUGAACAAAAGGGAAGAUGAAGUGGAGAGUAUCAAAGAAGAUGUUGUGCGCAAUUAUGAGGAUUGGUACGAAGGUGAGAGGGAAGCCACUUCUAGCAAAGGAACGAUACAAUCCGUCGAACAAACCAAUGCCAUCACAAAUCUUUCCAACCAAAUGGCAAAGAUGGCGAAACAAAUGGAGGAGUUCAUGAAAUCAAGACUUGAGGUUGAAGAUGAGUCAUCAAGAGAGAAUGAGAUUCUAGAGGGAAGUGUCGGAAAGAAUGAGAGGGGUGAGAAAGAGAAAGAGAAGGAACCCGAAAAGGAGAGCACCAAAGAUCAAACAUCUUUAUCCCUUAAUCUCCAACCUAGGAAUGAGAGGUUACCUUUUCCCCAAAGAUUUGCUAGGUCUAGGCUUGAUGUCCAAUUCGGAAAAUUUUUAGAUGUAGUAAAGAGCUUGCAUGUUUCUAUACCCUUUGUGGAUGCUAUGAAAGAGAUGCCACACUACUCUAAAUUCCUAAAAGACCUCUUGAAUGGAAGGAGAGAAGUUGAAACCGUUAGCUUAACCGCAAAUUGUAGUUCUAUUCUCUCUAGUAAGCUACCAACUAAAUUGCAAGAUCCCGGUAGUUUUUCCAUCCCUUGUUCUAUCAAUGAGGUUCAUUUGGGGAAAGCUUUGUGUGACCUAGGUGCUAGUGUGAGUUUAAUGCCUUUCUCGGUCUACCAAAAGCUUAAUGUGGGAAACCUUUCACCUACAAACAUCACCCUCCAACUAGCGGAUAGGUCCACAAAAUUGCCUAUAGGGAAAGUAGAGGACAUACCCUUAGAGUUGGUGAUGAGACAACCUUCCUCUAGCAAUGAAUGCUUUAGAAUAGAUACAAUUGAAAACUUGAUGAAUGAGUUUAGGUACCCUCAUAUGCAUGCUUCUAAUGAUCUACUUGAGAAUGUUUUGUUGAAUGAGAAUGAGGUAGGUGAUCAAAAGGAGAUGCAAUUAUAUGAGGAAAUGCUUGAUGAGAAAGAGGAGACAACCCCCGACCAAGAGAUGCUCCAACCAUAUGAAGUCUUCCAAGUAGAAGAGGAGGAAAUCUCCAAUGGUAAGGUAGCUCCGAAGGUAGAAUUGAAACCUCUACCUUCGGGCUUGAGGUAUGUCUUUUUGGAUGCUAAUGAUACUUUUCCGGUCAUUGUCAAUGCUAACCUCACGGAAGAACAAACCUCCUCAUUGCUUAAUGUUUUGAAAAAGCAUAGGAAGGCUUUGGUUAUACUCUUGAUGAUCUCAAGGGUAUAA